UGAAAUUCGAGAAAGAACUGUUUGCCCACAUCGUUCGUCAGCCUCCGAAUCUUGGUAUAGCUGGCGGCGCCCGCCUUUGGUGGUCCCAGGCAUACUCCAUGUGAAUCCGGAGCCUCGGACACGAAGUCCAACCAACAUCAGCAGCCACCAAGUGCUCGCUCUAAAGAUGGCAGGUUUCCUUGCAACACCUCAGAAGGGCACGGAGGCUCUGAGUUUCAAGGAGUCUCUGGAACAAGUGCUCGGAGUUUCAGUUGACGCGGAAACUCGGAAUCUAUUCAGUGGAGCCCUGAAGCAGCUGGACACCCUGCGCAUCGAUGCGGUCUCUGGACACCAACGAUUGACGGUAGGAGUUUCCCUCGAGGAAGCUCUGAGUCGUUACUUGGAUGGCUUGUGGAGUCUCGAGUCGCUCCUACCGCCCCAGAAACUCUGUGUCCAAUCUACGUGGAAAAACGCUUUCCCGAGCGGGAGCAUCAUCACGUACCACACCUACUACACGAGCGAUACGCUGUCAUUCGAAAAAGCCUGUGCGCUGUUCAAUCUGGCAGCGUGUCUGUCGAGACGUGCGGCUGAGCUGGCGGAAUCCAUGAGAGAAGAAGAUCUCCGGGAAGGGAUUAAGGCCCUGCAGAGAAGUGCCGGUAUCUUUCAGUACAUCAGACACGUGAGCCGGGUAGCUUCGAUGACGGGCAUGACCACCGACUUGAUGAGUGACUCAUUACAAGCGCUCGAGAAGCUCGCCCUCGGUCAAGCACAGGAAUGUGUUUACUUAAAAGCGUAUUCCGACAGCAAUUAUUCCCCGACAAUCUUGGCCAAGCUGAGUCAAGCAAGCGCCGAUCUCUACGAAGCGUCAUGGAAACACAUGAAAAAACAUCAACCGUGCAGCGAUCAGUGGUCCUUCGUGAUCCAGUUUAAGGAGUACGCUUUCAAAGGACUGGCUCAGUAUCAUCAAGCGCGAGCGGACAGCUCUGAGAAACGCGUCGGGGAUGAGCUGGCUCGACUACAGCUCGCCAUGGAGAUGUUCGUAAAAGCCAAUAAAUACGCGAAUUUCGUGACGAUCCUCGUUUUCGGGACACAUUGGAAGAAGCAAGCCGCUGUCAUCGAGCAGGAGUUCAAGAAACGCCAUCGUGAGAACGACCUUGUGUACAAGGAAAGAAUCACCGAGCGGAAGGAUCUUCAAGAGAUACCGGCGGUGCUACUAACUAAAACAGUGCCCCCCGAGUUCCCCCUAUGCGCAGAGGAACCUUUAUUCGAACAAUUCAAAUCGAUAUUCGAUGCUUUGGCGGCAUCAGGGGCAGUCUUCUAGGGAUCCCGGGAUUUUGUUCACAAACUCGAGCCCGCAGGGAUACUUGGGUUUUUCGGGUUUUACUUGCAUUAUGAAGCUGUCGGGACUCCUCUCGGUGUACCCUCGAUCAGCUCCUAGGAGUACCAAUAGAAUGAUGAACGACGCAACUGUAGGAGGGGAGAAGUUUGACAAGAGAAGCUUGGAUCCCUCGCACGGUGGACAGUGGGACUGGACAGCCCCGAACUACCUCCCAUGACAUCGAGCAGGUCUGUGGUCUUGUUCGUCCGUGAUCCGUGAGAGGAGUCAGGAGAGGUCUCAUGAUGCAGCUCCCUGCACUUGAUUCGGCCUCAACGUAUCCUCGUGGUCUUCUUCCUAAGCGUCAUCUGCGAGGGAUCGUCUUCCGCGGGGGACCUCGAAGUCGUCCACCUAGAGGUCAGGUCUCGAGACCUCUAUCCAGUCCUGACCCGCUUCAUCCUGCCUACGAGAGCUGCUCCUGCUGUGAUUCAAGGGCUUUUCCGCAAUGUCGGCCAUUCCUCGAGAGGUUCCUCCUUCAGAAUGUGGAAGACAGUUGAGAGUGUGAAUAUGUAAAUUUAAUGAAUAGGUAGACGAACGAUGUUCCUAGCAUGUCAAGAAGUAGUGAAUCAACGAAUAAAUUGUUGAACUUUGGG